UAGCCGUUUUACAAACUAAAAUUUCAUUUGGGAGCUGGGUGGAGGUGUAACGUUUGAAAAACUGACUAAAACAAGGUAUGAGGACAUUGCAAACUAUUGCCAUACAGAUUGAGCCUUGAGGGAACGGCUUUGUUAGAUGCCACUGACUAAAAUAAUUGCAUGAUAAUUUUGGCUAGAGGCACCAUCCUAUCAUCUGCUGAUUUUUAAACCGUGCAUGAAUAGUUUAGACUGAGUGAUCUUGGCAUCCAGCUACAAAGAACCGAGAAGUCCACUCAGCGUACCACAUUUAUGCUUUGGCUCUUGAAGAAAAAAAGAUGUCCUAGUACUGUCGAAGGAAGGUUUCUGAGCUAUAGCAACCGGCAACGCUGCGUACUCCUUCUGCAAUGCUCUAAGAUAGACUAACGAAAGGCUUUUUCUAAGAUAUGAAUUUCUGACCAUGGGGGACUGGAACCUAUUGGGCAGCAUCCUUGAAGAAGUGCACAUCCACUCCACCAUAGUUGGCAAAAUCUGGCUUACAAUCCUGUUCAUAUUCCGGAUGCUGGUGCUGGGAGUGGCUGCUGAAGAUGUCUGGGACGAUGAGCAGUCUGAGUUCAUCUGUAACACGGAGCAACCUGGCUGCAGCAACAUCUGUUAUGACAAAGCUUUCCCCAUCUCUUUGAUCAGAUACUGGGUACUGCAGAUCAUCUUUGUGUCUUCUCCAUCGCUAGUUUACAUGGGCCACGCGCUCUACAGAUUAAGGGCUCUCGAGAAAGAGCGACAGAAGAGGAAAGCCCACCUGCGGGCUCAGCUAGAAGACCUUGAGCCCAUGCCUGAGGAGCACAGGAGAGUAGAGAGGGAACUGCGUAAGCUGGAGGAACAGAAGAAAGUAAAUAAGGCACCCCUGAGAGGGUCCCUGCUGCGCACCUAUGUCCUACAUAUCCUGACCCGGUCGGUGGUCGAAGUGGGCUUUAUGAUAGGUCAGUAUCUUUUAUAUGGGUUUCACAUGUCCCCCCUUUACAAAUGCACUCGUCCCCCUUGCCCUAACACGGUGGAUUGUUUUGUGUCCCGACCUACAGAGAAGACCAUCUUUAUGGUUUUCAUGAACAGCAUCGCCGCAGUCUCCCUUUUCCUCAACAUCCUAGAAAUCGCCCACCUGGGCCUCAAGAAGAUCCAGAAGAGCCUCUAUGGGCAGCCGCGGCAGCCGGCAGCCCCCGCCGAGGAGGAGGCCAGCCUCUACAACUCCAAGAAGAGCUCCGUGGUGCCGCCGGCCUGCCCGCCCUGCGACGCCUCUCCACCGCGCCCCGCCGCCGCCCCGCCACCGCCUUCCCACACUCCCGCACCCGCUCCCGCUCCCGCACCCGCGGGGCCGCCGGUCCGUCAGCACCGCGGAGAGCUCCGCGGCGCCCCGCCGCCCCGCCGCCGGCACAGCGCGGCUCAGCACCACGGACAGCAGCCGCCGCCCUCCUCCAGCAGCGAGGAGGCGCCGCGGGCGGCGGCGGGCGGCGGCCCCGGGGCGGUGGCGGCGGCCGGAGCGGGGACAGCGGGGACGGCGGCCGCAUCCCGCAGGGCCCUCCGCAAGCACAGCCGAGUCAGCAUCUGCCGCGACUUGGAGGAAGAGCGCGGCGACUCCCCGGACAGCGGGCACUACCCGGGAACCCGCAAGUCCAGCUUCCUCUCCCGCGUCCUCACCGGCAGCCGGGCGGGCAGCGACAGCGAGAGCGCCGAGUCCCGCGGCGGCUCCGGCCCCGGCUCCGGCUCCGUCUCCGGUUCGGAGGGGAAACGCCGGGAGGAGGGCAGCCCGCCCAGCAGCCCGCCGCCGGCCGCCGCCAUGGGACGCCGCGUCUCGAUGAGCAUGCUCCUAGAACUAUCAUCUAUCAUGAAAAAGUAACGACAUUCCGAGGAGAAGAAAGAAACUAAGGGACUGAGCACAAACCACCUUCAGCAGAGAGAUAAAAAGCAGAUUAUUUGUUGCUAUGCUCCCCUCUCCCACCGCUGUAAUGCUAAACUCGUAACACAGCUUAAGAAAGCAAACUCUUGUUUUAUUCCUCCAUUUUUACACCAAUCCUGACAGCACCCUCCUCUGAUUGCUGGUGUUAAUGGGUAGCUCGCUCCACGACUCAAGAUUUCUCUCAUGUAGACUGAGCCAGAUCCCGUCAGCGUGUGCUGCCACUGCAGAAAUAGCCUGGUGUCUUUGGGAGAACGUUUUGGGAUGUACAAGUUGUUGUGCAUGCUAGUAGUGUUCAUAUCAGAAACCAGCCUGAUCCACAGACCUUCAAGGUAGUGGAAGGCUCAAGACACCUACAAGAAAGGGUUAGUUUGAUUUGAAAGUAGCCUGGAAGGCUACGUGGCCUCUAUCUCCCCAGGCUUCAGCAGCCAAUGAAUAAAAGAUGGAAGAAACACACAAGGAAUCCGAAGGGACAGGGAAUUUAGCAGAGAUAAAAACCCAGCUGAAGAAUAUGCUGCUGCUCGUCUGCCUGUGCUAAUGCUGUCCUCCAGCUCUGAUAGAGACUUUCCAUGCUAAUGUAGCCCCCUUGUAACUAAUAUUUUCAGCUUCAACUUUGAAACUAAGUAAAAUUGGGCAAUUUAUUUUAAGUGCAAAACAUCUGUACUUUAUUUCAGUUUUCUGUUCAAGAAGAUCUGCAAGGUAUCACCUCAGGGGCAUGAAAAUCUGAUUCCCUUCACUGUCUCAUUAGUUCAUAUAGAGGAACUGAAGGACCAGCAGAGCCAAAAAGAGUUCAUUUUCAGUUUGCUAAGACAGACUCCUUUGCUAGGGAGGGUUGGAUUUCUGGGUCGUAUGCGGCCCAAGAAAGCAGUCCUUCCACUUGUGUAUCUGGAAAAUAAAGCACCUUGCUCUGACCGUCCCUGA